AGAUAAUAAAAUCAAACACCAUGGUGUUUGCUUGCUGACUACUCUUUUUUGUAAGGUAUUGAUAUUUUAAGCUUGAGUACUAAACGUUGUUUUAGCUUGCUGUGCGUGGUUAUUUGAAAGACAGAUCAACCACUUUUGGGUUUAUUUGUGUUUCUCUGGGGUUUGAGACAUAAAAUGCUUCUGUAAAUGCUUAUGAAUGGAUGUAUUUUUUUUAACCGGGAAUAUGACGAAGAAUCUGUACCUCAGGGUGAAUUAGAGAGAAGUUGACUGAAUCAAGGAAAUGCUUAUCACUUAAAAGUAUUUCAUAAUACUGUCAAUAGUCUUGGCUAAUCAAGGACAGUACAAGCAAAAACGUCAGUCCUGUCAAAUUCGAAGAUUACUGUCUUAGCGUGUGGCUGUUAUAAUUGACCUUUUUUGUCUGAUACGUGAUUUAAGGUGCAAGUUUGUCCUUUGAUUUUUUUAGAGAUAAAUUAUGGAUUGUUGACACCAGUGGUUGAGUAGGUUAUCAGCAGUGGUUUGACCUUGUUGGCAGGGUUCUCGAGUGUCAAAAAAAUGUUGGUAAGAGCAAGAGUUAGCCUUUGUUAUAGUAAAACAUCAGUUAUGUUUUUAUUUUUAAUCGAAGUUGGCAUGUCUGUUUAAAAAGCAUUAUGUAACAGGAUUAAAUGGAUUGACGUUAAUGCAUCGUAUCCGGUCCUUUAUAACGACUGACUUACACAGCCGAAACAUUUUGGAAAUAGUUUUUUCCCUCUAAAAUGAGUUGUGCCUGGUUGAAAGGCUGUUAUUUUGCUUUCGCAUGGAAUGCUUUGGGUGGAUUGUGGUGGAAGUGUUGGACGCACACAGUGGAAAUAAUGGAGGAAGAACAACAAAAACAUGGCAGCGCACCAUAGUUUCUUAUUAGAAACACUCCUUCGUAAUUGUGCUUUUGUAACAGCAGUCAUAAUAUUAUUCACCAGAGAAGUGAAUAAUGCAAGUAAUGUCAAGAAGUUGAACUGAGGGUUGAAGUUUUGAACCGCAUUCACAUUUAAGGUUGUCAGUUUGUCAUGAACAAUUUAGGGAAUGUAAUGCAUUAUAUGAGAUUAGAAAUCAGGAGCAGCCGUACUUCAUGUUGUGUUGUGUUAUUUUGAAUAAUUGUUUUAAUAUAGAGAAAAUGGACCAUGUCUUGCUGACGGUAUUGAUGUACGGUGAAAUACUAAAAUUUGACAUUCUCCAGAGGUGCCGACAUCUGUGGUUUAGCUGUAGUGUUUACAAUUUUUGAUCCCUUGCUACAGCGAUACAGGAGACACCUGAAAACUAAACUUUUCUGCUUUUUUAAAAUAAAAUUCACCCGACAGAAAAGCUAUUUCACUGAAGAUAAAAGGAUGAGGGAUGAAUUAGUGCUGGGCGAUUUUUCAUGAUUAAUUUGUUUAAUUCGAAUUAAUGUUUUAACGCAAUUUUGAAAAUGUUCUAAUAGAGAUUAUACGUUUAUUUAUAUGCAUAUGUACAUUUUUAAUUAAAACAUCCGUAAAUGCUUUUUAAAAAUUUAAACCAAUACGAAGGAAAAACACAGCCUAGAUUUAAAACAAACAAACAAACAAAAAAAACCCAACAUAAACAGGCAGCACUUCACAGAGGACUGAGCUCAUAGCAAAAGCUUCAAAUAUCACUUCAGAGAUAUGGAAUUUGUACAGGUUUGAUGUUCAUGUAAAAUAUAAUGCUGUAUUACAUCCUAAGCAGAAGUUCACCAGUCAGAAUUACGUCAUUUUCAACCUAGGCACGUUUGACAGGCGAAGUGGGAAAAUGGACGCCCCCUUAUUUGUUUUUUGUUAGUAAUAAGCUGGGCAGCUAACUCAGUUAAGUGAUUUUUCUUUCUCAAACAGCGAACUGUGUAGUCAGUGUUUUAGAUUUAACAAACAAAUAUGUCUGUAUUUUGAUUAAUUUAAAGCUAAUACUUGUAAUACUUGAAGCUUUACUUUCUUUUUCUGAUGCUGUGUGGAGCCAUGAUGAUUUGACGUCACUUCGUAAAUGAGGAAGGAACUCAGAUUUGAGAAUACCACCCCAAGGUGACUUCUCAGUUGCGGUGGCAUUUCAUGUCACGAAAGACAUGGUCCCCAUUUACUCUGUCGAGAAAGAAGGGUUCACGAAGUGUACUGUAGCAAUUUUAUUUUUUAAAAAAUAUCUUUUGUUUAAAAGAACCAUUGUUUGCACUAUUUGCUAUAGAUGGUGCUGUUACUAUUUUUCUAAAGUCCAUUUUAAUAAAUAAAAAUCUUUAUAAAUUGAUUUUUUUUCAAUUGCAUUAUGUAAGAACAAAAAAAAAAUCGUAAUCGAGAAUCGUUCAUAAAGUUGAAAAAAAAUCGAGAUUUUUAUUUUUUUUGCAAUAUCGCCCAACCCUAAGAUGAAUGUAUCUAGGUGAACUUUGACCUGUGAAUUAACAAGCCUAAAAACCAAGUAGACAGGACUGUUGUGUCUUGUCAGUUUUUUUUUUUUCCAAAAAAAAAAAGGAGAAACUGCUUAUUAUUAAGUAGUGGUCACACCAAAGUAUUUUGCCUCGCUGUUCUCUUGCUGUUGCUUGGCACACAACAAAAAAAUGAGCUGUCUCAUCCACUGACCUACACUAGGGUUUUUGUGGUAAAUUUCUGGGUUUUUUUCUGUCUCUGGCUGCUAGGAUUUUCUUGCCAGCAAUGUUUUCACCCCUGUUUCUCUCUAUCCCAGUCUAGUUUAUGUAUUUGUUGAUUCGUUAUUAUUGCCUAAUUGAUCUUGGUAGAGUAUGAAAAGAUGUGCCAGUUCCUGAAAUAUCUCUUCUCUUCCUUUUACCGCACUUUCUACAGCCAUUUAUUUUCCUCAGGAGCUAGCAUGAUAUACUAUAGUGAUGGUUACACUGCGGUUUCUCUGAAAAGAAUAGGAUUCAGUGCAAAUUGGAGAUGAUAAGGCACCAUUGUAGCUAAAAGCAGACCACCCUGACUGAUGCACAGUGAGAGUAACCGCUCUUCUUCUGGUUAGGUUUGGUGUGGCUUUUUCCAAGUUGGGAGGUUGUGUGUCAGAGAUGAGCAAUGUUUUAAAUGAUGACAGAUGAAAAAAAAGAUUAAGAACACUUGUGCACAUCUGCACUUGUGAUUCCCUUUCUGUUCUUGUGGAGUCUGUGCCCACUGUAGCUUCAGAUUCCUGUUCUAGGCUGACAGGAGUGGAACCAGAUGUGGUCUUCUGCCGUUGUAGCCUAACCGCCUCUAGGGCUCCGUAAGGUGGUGCACAGCGUCCUGCGGUCUCAUCAUGGCUUUCACAGUGAACCUGACUGGCCCAUCUCCCUGGGGCUUCAGAAUAUCUGGUGGGAGGGACUUUAAGAAGGCCAUUACAGUCUCCAAGGUGAACCCCGGCAGUAAAGCUGAGAAGGCCUCUCUUCAACCUGGUGACGUAAUCAUGGAAAUAAACGGAGAAAAUACUGGUGACAUGCUGAACGUAGAGGCGCAAAACAAAAUCAAGAGCUCCAAAACACAACUGCAGCUGCUAGUCGAGAGGCCAGCCCCUUCGAGUCCUGGUCAAACCAACGGGAUCAGUUCCACAGAGCAACUGGUGGGCCGUUUCCAGGAAACCCUGCAUGUGAGGGAUGAGAACCAGAACUACAGAGAGUACUCCAUCUCCAGCCCAACAUCUUUCUCUCCAGGCCCAUACUCCCCAGAGCCACCCUCCAGCCCUGAGCGCAAGGGGGGCAGGAUCACACCCACCAUGAAGAGCCCAGUGUUCCCUUCCUGGACUCCUGAAGAGAAAGUCACCAGUCACAGACUGUCCAGGCCACUUUCUCAGGAGUUUUCCACGGUGGACUUCCGCAGCAACUCUGUGUCCAGUCGAACUCCGACGCCUCCUGAACGCUACUCGCCACAUAGUCCAAUCGAACGAGAGAUACCCAUGUCCCCCCGCCGCAACAGCUCGGACUUUGCGAUGCAGCGGUUCGAUCGUGAAUCAGAGGUCUACAAGAUGAUUCAGGAGAACAAGGAGUCACGUGCAGCUCCUCGCCAGUCCAGCACCUUCAAAAUGCUGCAAGAGGUGUUGGAGGCUGAUGAGAAAGAGGCUGCUCUCAGGUUUCCAGGGAAGCUGUCACCAAACCCACCGAAGCCGAUUUCGUCUGUCGCUGGGGUCCAGAAAUACCACACCUGUGAAAAAUGUGGCAACAACAUUGUCACCCAGGCGGUGAGGAUCAUGGACGAGCGUUUCCGUCACCCUGAGUGCUACACGUGCACAGACUGCGGCCUCAACCUGAAGAUGCGAGGCCACUUCUGGGUGGGAGAUGAGCUGUUCUGCGAGAAGCAUGCACGCCAACGCUAUCAGGGGCCUGGUGCGGGCUACCGCCACCCCAUCUCCCCUCACCACUGAAGCGUCUGCUGUCUCACUCCCUCCCUCACUCCUUCCAGCACAGAGAGCACAGCGAACUCUGAGUAGCCUGCACAGAACACACAGCUUCCUUUUGCUUUAGAGGAAGAGCACCCUCUACCUCUUUAGCUGCAUGUGAAGUGUGCUAGCUGUUGACUCUGGGAGGGGAUGAGGUGGUGUGUAAGCCAGUACAGCGAGUAUCCUACGCUUUAAGCCUUGCUUGCCAGUUCUUCACAUUGUAUUAGGCUUUUGUUUCAUUAUCUCUACCAUGGAUUCAUUUAAAACUUCGGUUGGGUUUCACUGAAAUGUACAAAACCGGGAUCUGCUUAAUAUAAUUAUAUUCAUCACAAGAAAUGUAUAGUGCACACAGGACUGGUUUCCACUGUGUGUUUGUGUGCGCAAUCAAGUUUAAUUUAGCCAUCGUUUUUGAAUGAUUAUUGGUUUCUUAUAAAAAAGAUGUUGAAAGUAUUUUGCCAAUCAUAUAUGCAGAAACGCGCAUACAAACACACAUUCCUCUUGUAUAAGCACAACCAUUUAUUUCAGGGCUGCUCACAUAGUGGCCCAAAUUUACCAACAGGAACUGCAGCAGUUGUAUCCAUGGAUCAGAUUCCAGCCCAUUGACUUAAAAUGUUUUGGGCAGCCCUGAUUUUUCAUCUUUUCAUUUACUUUUUUUUUCCAUCUACAAGGGAAAUGUAUAUCAAAGCAAUAUGAAUAAUAACAUGUUUAUGUAAAUAUGUGUAUUUUCUCUUUAUGGAUAUAUAUAUGUAGAAUGAUAGUGGAUAGGUUUAUAUGUGUAUGUUUCCGUUCAUGUCAAACUUGAUACUGAGUACACAUCAUUUUGAUAUGAUGGAAAUGAAAGUGUGUGCAUAAACAUAAAGCCAGAUUAUUUUUUAAUACUGGCCUUCACACAAGUGGCAUAUUUUCAUACACACAACUCCACCACUGGUGACUUGUUUGAUGGAUGGCUUCUGAAAAGUUAUGUUGUGAAUUGUAAUGUUAGCUGUGCUUUCCUCACCUUUUUCCUUUUCAAAUAUAAAAUUUCCUGACGUAAAUGA